GAGGGAAGGUGCGAGCGCGCGGGGCUCGAAGCGACCCCGCGACGCGCGGAGCUGCCGAGCGCACGACCGUCGGCGGCCUCUCCCGAGCCGCGGCGGCUUCCCAGCGCUGUGAGUGGUCCGCUAGACCGACGGCUGGCUAAAUUGGUGGGCGGCUGAACUGGUAAGAAGCGCCUGGAAGAGACUGAGAGGCGACCAUAAUGUCGUUAAGGUUCCACACACUGCCCACCCUGCCUGGAGCUGUCAGACCCGGUUGCAGAGAGCUGCUCUAUUUGUUGGUGAUCACCAUGAUGGUGAACCCCGGCGCCUCAGGAAUGUGUCCCACGGCUUGCAUCUGCGCCACUGAUAUUGUCAGCUGCACCAACAAGAACCUGUCUAAGGUACCUGGGAACCUUUUCAGACUGAUGAAAAGACUGGAUCUGAGCCAUAACAGAAUUGGACUUCUCGAUGCCGACUGGAUCCCUGUGUCGUUCGUCAAGCUGAGUACUCUGAUUAUUCGUCACAACAACAUCACCAGCAUCUCCACGGGCAGUUUCUCCACGACUCCAAAUUUAAAGUGUCUUGACUUAUCAUCCAAUCGGCUGAAGUCGGUGAAAAGUGCCGUGUUCCAGGAGCUGAAGGUCCUGGAGGUGCUCCUCCUCUACAACAACCGCAUUUCCUCCCUGGACUCGGCAGCAUUCGGAGGGCUCUCCCACUUGCAGAAACUCUACUUGAGUGGGAACCUCCUCACACAGUUUCCUAUGGAUUUGUAUGUGGGGAGGUUCAGGCUGCCCGAUCUGACAUUUUUAGAUGUUUCUUAUAAUCGAAUCCCUUCCAUACCAAUGCACCACCUAAAUUUAGUGCCGGGAAAGCAGCUGAGGGGCAUCUACCUUCAUGGAAAUCCGUUCGUCUGUGAUUGUUCCCUGUACUCAUUGCUAAUCUUUUGGUACCGUAGACACUUUAGCCCCGUGAUGGAUUUUAAGAACGACUACACCUGUCGCCUGUGGUCUGACUCCAGGCACUCCCGUCAGCUGUCCUUGCUCCAGGAUAGCUUUCUGAACUGUUCUGAGAGCGUCAUCAAUAGCUCCUUCCACGCGCUUGGCUUUAUUCACGAGGCACAGGUCGGGGAAAGGCUGGUUGUUCACUGUGACAGCAAGACUGGUAAUGGAAACACUGAUUUCAUCUGGGUUGGCCCGGAUAACAGACUGCUGGAGCCCGAUAAAGACAUGGGAAACUUUCGUGUGUUUUACAAUGGCAGUCUGGUUAUAGAGAGCCCUGGUUUUGAGGAUGCCGGAAUUUAUUCUUGUAUCGCAAUGAAUAGGCAACGCCUGUUAAAUGAAACUGUGGAUAUCAUGAUUAAUGUGAGCAAUUUCACCAUAAACAGAUCCCACGCUCAUGAGGCGUUUAACACGGCUUUUACCACGCUCGCCGCCUGCGUGGCCAGCAUAGUCCUGGUCUUGCUUUAUCUGUACCUGACACCGUGCCCAUGCAAAUGUAAGUCCAAGAGACAGAAAGAUGUGCUGAACCAAAGCAGUGCCCAUUCCUCCGUUCUCAGUCCCGGCCCCUCUGGUGAUGCCUCCACUGAUGAACGGAAGGCAGGUAAAAGAGUGGUAUUUCUGGAGCCCCUGAAGGAUACUGCAGCCGGGCAGAACGGGAAAGUGAGGCUUUUCCCCAGUGAGACUACAGCCGAGGGCAUCUUAAAGUCCACGAGGGUGAAAUCUGACUCAGACUCAGUCACUUCUGUGUUCUCAGACACACCCUUUGUGGCAUCCACUUAAUUGUGUGCCUGUCUUUCUCUGGUGUCAUGAUUUAAUCUCUCCCUUAUUUAACUUCGUGUGGUCCACAAAAUCAGUAGCAGGGGGGAAAUUGUUUUGUCUUUUGAGAUAAAACCAAAUGGUGUCUUAAGAUGGUUGCUAGGAAGUGAAGUAAAGCACACCGGUUGCUCACUGUGCUGGGGAAAGGGGAGGUUGAUUUUGAGAGUUUUAAGUUCUAGAAAAUAGCGUCUUAGCCUUCAACAUCUUUGAUGAUCUUAAAGCAGAAGGUAAUGUGACUGACCAUGAUCCUCUUAUCAGGCUUUCUUACAGGAAAAACAAAGCUUUAUAUUUUCAUUCCUUAAAAAUAGAGCCUAUUAACUUACAAGAAACAAAGUUGAGCUUUUUUUUUCUUUUUUUAGAAAAACAUCAGUGACUUCUUUUCAUCUUUAAAAGAUGUAGAAGGAGGAGUAGGGUAUUUAUAAAACAUAAAGUUAGUUUGGAGGUUUUCCAGCCAAAAACCAUCAUUUCAGACCAGAAUGGCCAAACUCUGAUAACACUCACGGGGUUAUGCCACAGCCUGUGGAGUGUGGAGUAAGCAGUGGAAACGGGGUGCUUGUUGGGCUGUCUCCCUUCCCUGUACUAUUUAUGCUGUACAAGAGCUCUCACUGGGAAAUUAAAGGUGUCAUUAUUUGUCGCCAAGAAUGUGUGUCCCUAUCAAAAUGUCUGAGCAACUCUAAACCUUCGCUGUAACAGGCUUGUUUGUCCAUCUGCUUGUGUAUCUGUAAACUCUUAAGUUACAUGGACUACUCAGUGGCCCCAAAUGUGACGGACUUGGGACAUUUAAAUUAGUAUAAAUACAUACGCUCUGUGACUUGAUGUUUCAGUUGCCUAUUUACAAAUGCAAUCUGUGAUGUUUUAUGUGACCGGAUUGUACUGUUUGUGUGAAGCACCGUCACAUGGUGCACACGUUACGGCAAGGGUCUCUUCAAAAGUCUUGUGAUUGCCGUAGGGAUUUUAUUUUUAUAGAGGGAUAAAACAGCUUUAAAAUA